AUGAGCAAAGACGCGAUCGAAAGAAGCAAUGAUGGAGAUGUUGUGGCUGACAUCAAUUACUUCCCGGCCACUGGGAAGCCCAUCUCAAAAGCAUCAUGGAAGCCGCGAUACUUGGGUGAACCAGACCAAUUUACGAGAUCUAUGACCAUACGCGAUGCGCGCGGAAAGGAAGAAGAAUUCGAUUUAAAUAUGAAAGGCUUCACUUUCAUCCGCCUGCCUCCGGCAAGUCGAGUAACACGUGAAGAUGAUGAAGAGACAGUGAAGCGCAGUUACUACCCCGAGCUCGAGGAAAUUGCAAAGAAAUUAACCGGUGCAUCAAAAGCGCACGUCUUCAACCACGUCAUGCGCGCACACACUUCGCCAGCCUCAAAAGGUAUUCAAGACGCCCAAGGCCGCUGGCAAGACAUUCCUGCCGGCCAUCCACACGUUGAUUAUGCCGAUACAUCGGGCGCAAUGCUAGGUACUCGAGCGGAACUAAACCUUCCAUUAUCCAUUGACACACUCUUCGACACCAGCAGCCGGUAUGCCUUCCUCGGCAUGUGGCGCCCUCUCAAAACCGUACGUCGAGAUCCGCUCGCGGUAUGCGAUGCGACAACAGUGUCGGACAAGGAUUACCAAGUCCGCCUGCGCGAGUUCAGUCGAACGGGUAUUAAGAGCGCGAACUAUGUCAUGAGCCAUGCUGAUGAGAAGGAAACGCAUGAGUGGUGGUAUUUGAGCCAGAUGCAGCCAGAUGAGAUGGUUGUAUUCAAGGGAUUUGAUACGAAGCAAGACUUGCCUGGCUGGAGAUGUCCACAUACGGCAUUUAGAGUGAAGGGAAGUGAGAAAGAGGAGGCGAGGGAGAGUGUCGAGGCUAGGGUCAUUUGCUUCUGGGACUGA